AUGAACAAUGUUGUUUAUCAAAGAUUCACCACAAAUGCACAGCCCACACGUCACAUGCAAAGUGACUCUAAUUUGGAUGGGCCACACCCACCUAGACAAAACACUCCUGACUACUCUUCUCCUGUAAUUCAUCCCUCAGCCAAGAUGUCAUCUGUACCCACCCUGUACAAUGCCUGGUUCUGCCCGUUUGCUCAAAGGGCUUGGAUAGCUCUGUUGGAGAAAGGUGUGGAGUUCAAAUAUGUAGAACAAGAUCCAUACAACAAGACACCAGAGUGGCUUGCUGUCAAUCCCAGGGGCCUGGUGCCGGUCAUCGUUCACAAUGGAAAGCCCGUAUACGAGUCUCCGGUAUGCAUUGAGUAUGUUGACGAAGCUUGGAAAACUGAUAGGAACCUUCUACCCACUGAUGUAUACCAACGGGCGUUUGCUAGAAUCUGGAGCAACUUCAUUGGGAGUAAGAUUGAGGCACCUUACUAUCGCUUGUUGAUGAAAAAAGAUCAGGCUGAACGGGACGAAGCAAUAGAUUCUAUAGUCAAAGCAACCAAAAUGCUUUUUGCAGAACUAGAUGAAAAGUCUGGGCCGUUUUUUGGUGGCCAGGCUCUGAACAAAAUUGAUAUAAUGCUCUUUCCAUAUGCACAUCGGUUCCAGGUGGUCCUUCCUCACUAUCGUGGAUUCACUUUACCCAAAGAGGGCACUGAGUUUGAGCGAUAUUAUCAGUGGUAUGCAGCCUGCACAGAACGAGAGAGUAUCAAGAAGACAAUCCCUGAUGAUACAAGAUUGAUCGAAUCCUAUCAGAGAUAUGCUGACGACUCAGUAAAAUCAGAAGUAGCAGAUGCCAUUAGAAAAGGAACUACAUACUAA